AUGGCCGUGCAACUCGAGACCAAGGACCGCGGCGCAGGCCGCUGGAUCGCAGCCACCAAGGACGUCGCGCCUGGCACGCUCUUGCUGACGUCGAUGCCCUUUGCGACUGUCUUGUCGCCGAGUCUGUGGACCGAGCGCUGCCAGGCGUGCUUUGAGCCAGGCUCGCUUGCGCGCUGCGCCCGCUGCAAGCUUGUCUACUACUGCUCCAAGGGAUGCCAGCUGAGCGACUGGCGCCUGCAGCACAAGCUCGAGUGCCCGCGGCUCGAGCGGCUCGUGGUGACCGCGAACGCGUACUCGGUUGUCGCUGAUGCGCUCCUCAUCGCGCGCACGCUGCGCCUCGUCUCCGCGUCCCCGGCGCCAAACGAGCCACGGAACUUGGAUGCACGCUCGACGCAUCCAUACGACCUUGUCUGGUCCGAGGCCGACCGCGCAGCGGUGCACGCCACGGCCGCUAUUGUCGACCAGACCGACCUGCUGCCGUCGAGUACGACGACACUGCGCUUGAAGCCAUUGACAGGCGCUAUGCUAGGUAUGGGCUACACGGUCUCGGACAUUGAAGAGAUGCUUUGCCGCUUCCACACCAACAAUUUUACGAUCACAGAUGAAAUUCUACUCGACAUUGGCUCGGGCUGCUACCCGUGGGGUGCGAUGGUCAACCACAGCUGCGAUGCCAACUGCACUGUCACGUUCGCGCCCAAGUCGCACGAACUCCAGAUGCGCGCACUGCGCCCGAUUGCCGCCGGUGAAGAAGUCACACACGCCUACAUGGACGUGGCGAUUCCAGCGACCAAGCGCCGACGCGAACUCCAAGCGCAGUACCACUUUGGGUGCACUUGCGCCCGGUGCACGUCGCCAACCUCGUUUGAUGUCGUCUCGGAUGCUGGCAAAGACGGCGGACCGAUCGCCACCGGCGCGUCACCCGACUUGGCCCGCGCCACGCAGCUCGUGGCGGCAGCGGUGCCCAUGGCUCCACAGGAAGCGAUUGUCUGCCUUCGAGAAGCGCUGGUCCUUCGAACCGCGCACUUGCAUGCGCUCAACGUCGAUGUACUCGAGGUCCACUCGCACCUUUUGACGCAGUACUUGGCGGCGCGGGACUUUGAGAAUGCGCGCGACACGGCGCAAGCGAUGUGGACGUUCUACGAAGCCAUGUACCCGACGACGCAUGCAAUGGCUGGCCUGCACCUCUACACGCUGGGCGACCUCGAAGCGCAAUGGCCCGAGCACGUCGGGACGAGUCGGACGCAUUUACAAGAGGCGCGUCGCAUCCUCACGAUCACGCAUGGCGUUGACCAUCCAUUAGUGCACGGUCUGCAGAGCGCGCUAGCGACGAUGCCGUGACAUGAAUGGCAUUCGAAGGCGCGAUGAGCAAAAUGAAAUAAUUUCUGACGCCAAACAAACCCUAGCUCGUUGACUG